CCCAAAUGAAGCCUUUCUAGAUUUUGUAGACAGGCUCUGGGUGAUGGUGGAAGGUCAGGUGGAGAGUCAGCAACUGCAAGAUCAAAUUAUGGCGGAUGUAGCUUGGGCCAAUGCCAUCAAGACUUGCAGGAGGAUUAUCCAGGCCCUGCUGUUCCAGCCACCACCAACUCUUGAUCUAAUGAUAAAGGCAUGCACCAAGAGAGCUGCCAUCCUGGAGCCACAACAGAGAGGCUUUGAGGAAACACCAACAGCAGCACCCGCCAUAAGACCACCAGGACCACUGCAGUGCUGGAUCUGUGGGGAGGAGGGACACAUAGCUCGGGGUUGCCCAAGAAGGCAACCCCUAGGGAACUUUCAAAUGAACUUACAGGGGGAAAGGGGAAACAGCCUCACAAAAACCAAAGGAGGACUGCGGAACCUGACUGCCUCACAUGAUGAUAAAAAUGAGGCAGAUCAUCACCGAGACCCAGAGGGGCUUUGGAAGGCACAUGCACCAUUCACACUAUGUACCACCAAGCCGAUCAACUUUGAGACCAGGCAUUGGCAGGUAGUGUCACUUGACCCAUGGGAUUUGGACUUGCUUGCCAGACUUGACUGUAAGUACAUCGUUAUCAGGGACACUAAGUACAUGCCCCCUGAGACUGAGGUCGCUCCAGCUAUGAUAACACUAGGGCUGGAAGGAUUCACUCUCAUGGCACACUACAUCCACCCACCCUAUUUCAUCGCAAAGGGCCACAUCAUCGCCCAAGCCAUACCUCUGCCAGACAAACGUCCUGUAGAUGAUGCAGCACCUUGUGUCUACUGGGCAGAGCUAAUGGGCCAAAAAAAGACAAUGAUGGGGUGUGGGCUCUACCAAGGUGAGGAUUACCAUCACCUCAACAGACUGCUGGGCAUGGGGGAAGAUGUGACAAUCAUACCUUCCAGUAAAUGGCUAUCACAUUGGGAAUUGCAACCUGUUGCCAGUAGCAUCUAGGACACUGGGGACAUACAACUGGAAAAACAAUCAAAGAGCAUCAUAAAAAUUAAGGGGCCAGAUGGACAAUUGGCAAAUACAUGGCCAUUUGGUUCAGAUUAUAAGGUUCCCCUGUGGGGGAGAGAUACCAUGUCUCAUUGGGGGGAUUACAAUUUAGAUCAUGAAAACCCCUCGGGAUUUUUUGUAGAGGCCACUGAGGAGUACCUGCCCCGGAAACUAAAUUGGACAACGGAUCAUCCAGUAUGGGUACCUCAGUAGCCACUAAACAAAGAAAAAUCAAGGGAGCAUAAUGAGCUCAUGGAGGAGCAAUUAGCCAAAGGUAACAUUGUGCCUACAGCUAGACCUUGGAAUUCUCUGGUAUCUAUCAUCCAGAAGCUGGUGAAGGACAAGUCGUGGAUCCUCCAUGAUCUCAGAUCAAUAAAGUCUUUGUAGACAUGGAAUUACUCCAGCCAGGGCUGCCUUCCCCUUUGCUGCUCUCUCAAAAUUGGGAUUUCGCAGUUACAGACAUAGAGGAUUGCUUUUUCCAGAUUCCUCUCGACCCUGCUGAUGUGCCACUGUUUGCCUUCUCCGUUGCCUUAAUCAACCAAGAAGCCUUAAGUAUUGACAAGUACUGUCUAAAGACACAAAGAACAGCCCUGAUGUUUACCAAUGGAUGUAGUUUCAUUGCCGUCCCCAGUGCAUCCCAAAGAGGGGGAGGCCAUCAUCCUCCAAUAUAUGGAUGAUGUCUUGGUGUGCACCCUCAAUAAUGAUCUACUUACCAACAUGCUCGACCUAGUUGUCAAUGUUUUGACUUCAGUAAGGUUUUAACACCAGAAGGAAAAGGUUCAAAAGGUGCCCCCUUGGAGGUAUCUGAGGCUAGAAAUAACAAGCAGACCAAUAUUCCGCAAAAUCGGCUAUUAAUGACAACCCAAAGACUUUAGCAGAUCUACACCAGCUGUGUCGGUCUCUUAACUGGGUCAGACCCUGACUAGGUAUAAACACCAAAGACCUAGCCCCCCUUUUUAAUUUAUUGCAAGUGGGAGAGGAGCUGAGUUCUCCUAGGGUUCUGACCCAAGAGGCUAAACUGGCUUUGGAGACCAAAGCACAGGAGGCAAUGUCAUCAAAGCAAGCCCACUGCUGCCUGCUGAACCUCCCCUUCAAUUUUAUCAUUCUAGGGAUUGCCAUACUUCCAUGGCCUAAUCUUCCAAUGGGACAAAGGUCACAGGGAUCCACUCCUAGUCAGAGAGUGGGUGUUCCUCAGGCACCAAUGGCCCAAAAGCAUCACAAAGCCACAAGAGCUGAUGGCUCAAUUCUAAGGAAAGCCAGGACAAGAAUGCCUGAAUUAGUGGGGUGUGACUUCAUCUGCCACUUCCUUUGUCAUCAGGCCAAGCCAUCAUUGAGCAAACCCAUCAAUCGCUCAAGCAAGUCCUGGGGCAGCAGCAGGGCAGUGCCACCACAGAUACACCCCAAAUAAAGCUCUGCAAAGCAUUGUUCACCAGAAAUUUCCUGAAUUGCCUGUUUGAAAACUUAAAUCUGCCUGUUGUCAGGCAUUUCAAGAAUAGUUAGAGCAAAGAGAACGCCCACCAGUGUUGAUAAAGACUCCAAAAACAGAGAUAAGUCGAGGGCCCAUAUGAGUUGGUAACACGGGGACAUGGGUACACUUAUGUAUCCAUGCCCUCUGGGUUGAAGUGAGUCCUCCAGAAGUGGAUCAAGCCUUACAUCCUUAAGCCAUUGUUAUGAUCAGCUGAAUCAAAAAUGUGGCUGUGGCAUCCUUCCACCGGCGCCUAGGAACAGGAGAACCUGAUCCCCCAGUUGAUCCACUUACGUUCCUGUUUCCAAUAAACUACGAGUAAUGUGUUCA